AUGUUGAAACCACAGGCCUCCCGCUCGACGUCUAAGACGUCAAGUCAUUUGAAGACUGAACUGGAGCCUGAACUCCUUCGCGCAGUGCCACUUCACCGUGCGCUGGCUGGCUGGGGCAGGCACUGGGAGACCCCAGACAGUGGCAUGUUCAAUGUGGACCCAAAGAACUACAAGCUUAGCCAACCAAGCGAAUCCUUGGAUGUAUUCCUCAGCCACGACUGGGCCUCGAGUGGAAAGCAAAAGUUCUUGGCACUGCUCAUCGUUUACAACUCCCGUGCUGCUUUUCUGGCAUGCCUUGUUGUCAGCGUCCUUGUGGGAGUGCUGCGUGGCUACAGCGUGCUGCCGGAUGAGGGCUGGACCGUGGUACUUGGUCACGGAGCUUAUGUGUUGUUUCUGGUUUUCUGGCAGCGCUUGCGGGCUUUCGUCUAUCGGCCCGUGAUGGCAUUCCUAGACAAACUCUGCGUGGCUCAACAUGAUGAGGAAUUGAAGCAGAAAGGCAUCAAGGGUAUCGCCGCCUUUCUUCUGAGCUCUCGGCAGCUCAUGGUUCUUUUGACGCCACGGUACUUCACGCGUCUUUGGUGUGUGCUAGAAAUUGCUACGUUCAUGAAAGAUCCGGGGCGGCAGAGGAGCAUCCACUUCAUGCCCUUGAAGACAGCUGCUCUGUUGCUUAUGACCUCCGGAUGUUGGUUUGUUUUGGCCAUCGGCUGGAACCUAUUUUUGUCCGGAGUUGCCAGACCCGCUGGCCUGGAGCCUUUGGAAUCUGGAGAGGUUUGGAGCCGUGCACUGAUUUUGACGGGACUGAUGGUGCUGCUCACAGGUGCUGUGCUGCCCUUUGCGCUCUACUUGGGCAUGGCUCUCGUUGCGGAUUUGGAAAGAAUCCCCCGUCAAUUGGCAAACUUCCGCGUGGAGGACGCGGACUGUUUCUGCUGCUCGAACAACCACCGGCACCCGCACGACGGAUCGAGGCUGCCGUGCGACCGGCAGCUGGUGCACAACACCUUGAAGCAAUGGUACAAUGAUGUCGAAAGCACGGCUGACCAUUUGGAAACAUUCAGCAGGCUGGUCCGUGAGGAGUUGGCUCCCAAUAUCGCCUUGCUCGUUGGAGGCAUCACAUUGCCCCUCUACUAUGCCGUACUCACCGUCGGUGCGAGCAAUCUGCCUUACCUCGCAGAUCACAUCGCGCUGUGGAUAGCCACUGUGCGAGCAGGCGUCUCCGGCUAUGCUCUUCUUGUCUGGACUUUGCGGAGGGUCGUUGACUGGGGGACAGUGCCCUUGGCCAGCAUGUUGUCUGUGUGGAUCUCUCCUCCUGUGUGGAAAGCAGGCCUCCGGCUGCGAAACCGCUGGUGUGCCGUUGCGGUGGCGCAAUCCGUCGUUGUUUUUGUAGUUGCCAUGGUGUGGGCACCUCUGCAAACCGUCCUCGGCCUCACCCAAGACGAUGACUUGCUUCCUGUGGCAGUGUUCCUCUUCUGGCUUGCGUUGAUCCUGGCACUCCAUUCCCCAAAAUGUGGGAAGAAAGUGUUGGCAUGGGCUUUGGGUGACAAGCCCUGCGACCCCAUGCAAAAAGCGCCGAUAGCAGCCAAGGAUGACUCUGCUGUGGAGACCACCCUGGAGGCAAAGACAGCGAAUGCCGAAGAAGACAUGGGUCAAACAGCGGCCACGCAAGAAAAGCUGGCAAAAGCCGAUGAAAGCAUGCUUUCGGAAGAGAUCUUCUCCACGUGA